AUGGCUCAAAGUCACCAAAAGUCCUAUUCGGAUGUUCGACGUCGAGAGUUUACCUUUAAAGAUGGUGAAUUUGUUUUCUUGAAAGUGCCACCAAUGAAAGGUGUGAUGCGUUUUGUCAAGAAGGGGAAAUUAAACCCAAGAUUUAUUGGGCUUUACAAUAGUUUGAAGAAAAUAGGAGAUGCAGCCUAUGAAUUGGACCUGGCACAAGAGUUAUCUUCUGUGCACCCAGUCUUCCAGGUGUCGAUGUUGCGAGAGUAUUUGAGGGACCCCUCGCAUGUCAUUUCCCCACAAACUAUUGAGAUAAAUGAGGGACUAAUAUAUGAGGAGCUUCCUAUUGCUAUACUUGAUAAACAAGUCAGGAAAUUGAGGAUAAAGAAGAUAGCAUCAGUUAAGGUGCUAUGGCGGAGUCAAGAUGUUGAAGAAGCAAGAUGGGAAGCGGAUAUCCUUAUUUAUUUCAAGAAAAUGAAGCUUAGGCUAGAAUAUUGUACUAAUAUGCCUUAUAUUUCCUUUUGA